AUGUUAUUCUUAUUUUCAGAAAGAGACGAUCUAGAUAUUACCGAAGACAUGUCAUUAGUCGUAGCAGGAACUGGACUUGCCCUGAUAAGUAUUAUAUUUACCUUCAGGAGCAACCAAUGGGCUUUGCUACUGAGAAAAAUUAUCGCCUUAUCCGAAUACGGAAUCACUACGGAAUUGAAGCAAACUGUCAGACGUUGCAAAAUACUCUCUAAACUCUGCACCGGUCUCUGCUUUCUUGGUACUUUCAUCUAUAUCCUCAAAGCCUACUACGAGUCUUUCAACUGUAUCCAGAGAAAUGAGGAAAAAGGACUGAAUGAGAUUUGCUUUGUUAUGAUGUCGGCAUGGCUACCUUUUGAUCUCAGUACUAAGGGAGAAGUGCUAUUAUUUGCCCUACAAGCAUUGGCCUCUUGCUUUGCAACAGUGCCUGGUAAGUUAGGAGAUGUACCGGGAGUUAGUCUUCUCAUACCUUUCUUGAACUGGGAAGCAGCUCAAAUCGUUUGUGAAAGAAUUUAUCAUCUGAAAGAGCUUUCGCAAAUCGUAUUAAGAGAAAAGCAGCCUGGAAAAGUGGGACCAAAAAUGAGAAGCUGGAUUGGCUAUCAUCAAAAGAUUUUGGAAAUCUUGGAAGAGCAAAACUACGAAGCAAAAUUCUGUUUGGGACAUGUUUCUCUCAUUGCGGCACUAGCCAUCGGCUGUUUAAUCAAUCAAGCAUUCAAUACCAAUACUUGGGGAGCCCUGUGUGAAAUCUCAGGCUGGAUGUGCUGUUUAUUUUUCCUAUGCGAUGCUGGCCAGAAGAUAACUGAUAACACAGAAUCUAUAGGUGAAGCCAUAUAUGCGAUGAAAUGGUAUAAGACAGAUAUUCAAACCAGAAAAGACCUCUUCUUCAUAUUAAGACGUACUCAGAAAUCUAUGGAACUGGAUGCCCUGCCACUGGGAACCUUGAAUUAUGCCUUGUAUCUGACGAUCGUGAAAACUUCAUAUUCAUACGUAACUUGGCUCACCCACACCACAUAAUGAACUAUCGAAUGGUUUGCAAACGUUACAGGAAAAUUUCCCCAAAUCCAUUCAGUGUUUAAUUUUUCCAAACAUCUUUUAUUGCAGGUUUCAUCCUGCUAAGUGCAGAAUGGAACCCAUUGAAUUAUAUUUUUUUUCACAAAUCUCACUUAAAUAACUUAAUCUGGGAGACUGAGAUAUACGUUGAGUUGUUCAUGAAUAAUUUUCAGAUACAAUAAUUUGUA